AUGCGUGGGGUGAGCAUAAGCUCUCGUGAGGGAACAAGAGUAUUCUUUCACCCUCCUCCAGCCCCUCCUCCAGCCCCUCCUCCAGCCCCUCCUCCAGCCCCUCCUCCAGCCCCUCCUCCAGCCCCUCCUCCAGCCCCUCCUCCAGCCCCUCCUCCAGCCCCUCCUCCAGCCCCUCCUCCAGCCCCUCCUCCAGCCACUCCUCCAGCCCCUCCUCCAGCCCCUCCUCCAGCCCCUCCUCCAGCCCCUCCUCCAGCCCCUCCUCCAGCCCCUCCUCCAGCCCCUCCUCCAGCCCCUCCUCCAGCCCCUCCUCCAGCCCCUCCUCCAGCCCCUCCUCCUUCCUUCCUAGUACUACUUAUCCAACCCGUCUCGCCUCCUACCAAGCCUUGA